CCACUGCUGUCUCAGCACAUGGUUCUAUUGUAAUCUGCAUCGCCUUUUUAAGUGGUUCCCUUGGUUUGUGUUGGUUGGCAACUGUAGUUUGCUAGCAUCUGUGCUAGCUUUAGACACUGCUGACACAUCAGGAAAUAUGGCUUUUGAGAUUUGCUUCAGUGUGGCCAUGCUUUUUUCGCUGUGGUUAGCAGCAGAAUGUGAUGACCUCCCUUUUGAGGUACAUCAGGUGGAAUGUCGAGAUCAUUACGUUUGGGCCGUUGUUGAGCUUGCCUUUGCAGGAGAGGAUGUGCAUUUUGAAGCUGUUGAUGAAACUGGCAUCCACCCGAUCACAGAGGAGUAUGCAGCUAUGUGUGGCUACACUGCCAGUGUUCUCCCUCUCUCUGGCCUUGUUGAGCUGCGAAGCUCUUACUUCAGUUGUCACACUGAGAACAAAGAUGGAGUGUUCAAAUUGAACUUCAACUUACUUGUGACACAUGAUGGACAUUUGGUCAGAUAUAACUUUAACAAGACCUGCACUCCUGCUGCUGCUUGGUCUCCCAGAGAGAUUACUUGUGAAGUCAACUACAUGGAAGUGUCGCUGAGAAAUGAAGUCACCUGCUCUUCUGUGAAGAUGGCCGACGACUGGAAUGAUGCCCUGAGGGCUCCAUAUACUUCAGCUGUAUCUGACUGGCAGGUGGUAUUUCAGAGAGCAGGGGAACAGUCGAUGCCUAUGAACGUCUCCGAAGCUCGUAAGCAGGGUUAUUGGUUUGAUCUGAUGGAUGAAAGGCUUGUGUUUCGUACACCGUAUGGACAGCCUGACUCAUUUAGCACUGAGAUGAGUGGUGUUCCAGUAGAGGUGGUCCAUGCCACUCUGUUCUCCAGACAAAGCUGGGUGGUCAUCAUGGUUGACCUCGUGGCUGCUUGCUCCAUGGAUGAAGGAUCAUAUGACAAUGGCUACAUAAUGUGGGACAUUCCUGACAUGCUGCACCCCCUGGUGUCGGGUAUCUACGACACCCAGGUCAAUGUCGGUGUCAAUGGUAAACUUGAAGAACAGCCAGUUGCAGAACAGCGUGGUUACAUGGUGGAGAAGCACAAUGCUACAGUUAUGAUUAGCAUCCCCUAUAAUGCUGAGGGAGGAUACAGGAAGAGUCUUCACCUGAUGGGUGACCUGUAUGAAUAUUAUGUCUUUCAUCUGUAUGUUGAGCAAAUCUCAAUGGAUGAGGACGAUGUCAACACCAGGCUACGCUUCCAGAAGACACUUGCCACUCCUUUGCUGCCACGUCCUGUUUUUACAGAGAACCGAACAGUGCUUGAAGACCGUGUGUUCACCGUCUAUCUUGGAGAUGUUCCUGAAGAUGUAAAACUGACUGCUGUUCAGCUGAAUGGACACAUGUAUAUAGUUCCCUUUAUAAAUUCAAGUGGUCACACAAUCACUGAGGUUGUUCAUGACAACCACACACACGACUACACUGUGCAGGUGCCGUUUGAUCAUCAUGUGGUCACAGAGCAGUUCUCCAGAGAAGAUGAAGCCAUUAAACACAUGCUGGACAUUAACUUCACACUGACGGUCCUUCCUGAAAAUGAACAUUUUUACCACCACACAUCAGUCUAUGCACUAACUGAUGCCUCUCCUCCUGAGUUUGAGGCCAAUUGUUCAGAGACUGGAAUCAUCUUCAAGAUGGACCAUCGACCUUUUGACUACCUGUGGUUCAUCAGUAUUGGCUCAGAGCGUCUGACACCAGAACUGGCCGCUGAGCACAAGUACAACAUGAGGAACGACAGCCAGAGUCUGGUGCUGGAGGUUCCACUAUUCACUGAUGGAUAUCAAUAUAAGAACAUUUCCUUGAAAGGAUUUCUCGGCACUUUUGAGAUCCUUGUGAGGGAUCGAAACACGUCAGAAGUCCAAAGAUCUACCGUCAAGACUUGUCCUUUCACUCGUUUGGAAUUUAUCUUUUGUUCGACUGAUGGGAAAAUGACUGUGGCGGCUGACUUGUCUGGAAUGAUCCCACCUGGAGAUCCAGCUAGAUCAAACCUCAUGGACAAAUACUGUGGACCCAGAGAAGCUGAUGAGACCAGGGCCCUGUUCUCUUUUCCAGUUAACAGCUGUGGAUCCACAGUCAGGCUGUUCAAGGAAAAUGUAAUUUACCAAAAUGAGAUUUUGUACACCAGGAAGCUCAGAGAAAGCACACAACUCUCUGACAAUUCAACUGAGCAAUCAGUGGCGGUGAAUGUGCCCUCACCUGACAGAGUGGUGGUGGAGUGCAUGUAUCCUCUGUCUGGACUCCAUCGUCUCUUCUCAAUCUACAGGUUUGAGUCUGACACGGUUGGGGUCGGACACAUCACCACCUCACCAUCUCUGACUGAGCCUGAAACCACCACCAUGAAGCCGACAGUCACAGUUACUCACACCACACCUCCAACAAGACGAACCAGAAGACCUGCCGUUUUUCAGCCCGCCUUCCACCCCCCUGUUCGUUACGUCAGAGUUUCACCCUUCAGAUACUUAGAAAGUCUGAAAAGAGGAAUCAAAGGAACCACUCAUGUCAAAGCAAAUGACAAACAUGUUUGAGGAACUUUGUUUAGAUUUUUAAAAGAAAAAAAUUGGAUUGAAUAAAAAUGUGUUUUAAAUCA